AUGGGACAGAACCUGAUCCUCAACGCCGCCGACCACGGCUUCACCGUUGUUGCCUUCAACCGUACCGUGUCCAAGGUUGAUCGCUUCCUCGAGAAUGAGGCCAAGGGCAAGUCCAUUGUCGGUGCUCACUCCAUUGAGGAGUUCGCUGCCAAGCUGAAGAAGCCCCGUCGUAUGAUGCUGCUUGUCAUGGCUGGUCCUGCCGUCGAUGACUUCAUCGAGAAGCUCCUUCCCUACUGCGACCCCGGCGACAUCAUCAUCGACGGUGGUAACUCCCACUACCCAGACUCCAACCGUCGUACCAAGUACCUCAAAGAGAAGGGCAUCCGUUUCGUUGGCACUGGUGUCUCCGGUGGUGAGGAGGGUGCCCGCUAUGGUCCCUCUCUCAUGCCCGGUGGUAACGAGGAGGCCUGGCCAUACAUCAAGGACGUCUUCCAGUCUAUCGCUGCCAAGUCCGAUGGUGAGCCAUGCUGCGACUGGGUUGGUGACGAUGGUGCCGGCCACUACGUUAAGAUGGUCCACAACGGUAUCGAGUAUGGUGACAUGCAGCUGAUCAGCGAGGCCUACGACGUGAUGAAGCGCGGUCUGGGCAUGACCUAUGCUGAGAUGUCCGAGCAGUUCGCCAAGUGGAACAAGGGUGUUCUUGACUCGUUCCUCAUCGAGAUCACUCGUGACGUCCUCGCCUACAACGACGAUGAUGGUACUCCCCUUGUUGAGAAGAUCCUCGACUCGGCUGGCCAGAAGGGUACUGGCAAGUGGACUGCCAUCAACGCUCUCGACCUCGGCAUGCCCGUGACUCUCAUCGGCGAGGCUGUCUUUGCUCGUUGCUUGUCUUCCAUCAAGGAGGAGCGUGGUCGUGCUGCCAAGGUUCUCAGCGGCCCCACCCCCAAGUUCACUGGUGAUCGUCAGGCCUUCCUCGACAACCUUGAGCAGGCUCUGUAUGCUUCCAAGAUCAUCUCGUAUGCUCAGGGUUUCAUGCUGAUGCAGACUGCUGCCAAGGAGUACGGCUGGAAGCUCAACAAGCCAUCCAUCGCCCUGAUGUGGCGCGGCGGCUGCAUCAUUCGCUCCGUGUUCUUGAAGGAUAUCACCUCGGCCUACCGUGCCCAACCUGACCUUGAGAACCUUCUGUUCAACGACUUCUUCAACAAGGCCAUUCACAACGCCCAAGAGGGAUGGAGAGACGUUAUUGCCUGGUCCGUCAAGGCUGGCAUUCCCACUCCUGCUUUCAGCACUGCCCUUGCCUUCUUCGACGGUUACCGUACCAAGGAUCUGCCCGCCAAUCUGCUCCAGGCCCAGCGUGACUACUUCGGCGCUCACACCUUCUUGGUCAAGCCCGAGUAUGUCUCCGACAAGUACCCUGCUGGUCAGUACACUCACGUCAACUGGACUGGCCGUGGCGGUAACGUCUCUGCCUCCACCUACACCGCCUAA